ACGGGGACAUUUGCGGCGACUUUCGCGGGGUCGCCGACGCCUCCCGAGCCCUCGGCGAGGUUCCGGAGGCCUCGCGGGCCUUGCACGAGGCCAUGAGCGACCUCCGCGGCGCGGGCGGAACGAUUGUCCGCGAGCGGAACGUUCGUGCGGGGCCCGCGUUUCCCGGGCCGUGACAGGAGGGAGGGACCAAAAUGGCGGCGCCCAGCGCCGGGGGAGCGGCGGCGGCGGCGGCCGGGGGGAACCGAGGGCGGCCGCCCCCCGUCACCCCCCGGCAGAUCCGCGACCUCAUCGACGGCGGCAUCGCCAGCGAGGGGCCCGGGCCCGGCGGGAAGGACACGUCGGGCUGCUCGGAGCGAGCCAACGGACCCUCCCAGCUGGAGGCUCUUUCCCUGGAAUCUGCCAGCAGGGAGGCCUAUUUCAGCAGGGUGGAAACAUUCACCCCCUUGCGGUGGGCGGGGAAGCCGCCGGCGCUGUCCCCGCUGGUGUGCGCGCGUUUCGGCUGGGUCAGCGUGGAGUGUGACAUGCUGAGGUGCUCCAGCUGCCAGGCCUACCUGUGCAUGAGCCUGCAGCUCACCCUGGACCUCAGCAACUACAAGGAGCGCUGUGAAGAGCUCAGGAAGGCCCUGAGCACUGCCCACGAGAAGUUCUGCUUCUGGCCAGACAGCCCCUGCCCAGAUCGCUUUGCCAGGCUCCUGGUGGAUGAGCCCAGAGUUCUUCUCCAGGAUUUCCUGGAUCGCUUCCAGAGCCUGUGUCAGCUGGAGCUGCAGCUGCCCUCCCUCAGACCAGAAGACCUGAAGAACAUGUCCCUGACAGAGGAAAGGAUCACUCGGCUCCUCCAGCUCAUUGGGGAGGAGCUGGAGCACAAAGGCACAGAGGGAGAGAAGCCUCCCGGGAAGUUUUCCACGGAAAUCCUGCAGGUGCACGUUCCUGCCUGCAUCCUGGCGCUGUGUGGCUGGACCUGCAGCGCUGCCUCGGGCUCCAUGAACCUCUCGGUGAUCACCUGCUCCCGCUGCAUGAGGAAGGUGGGGCUGUGGGGCUUCCACCAGCUGGAAUCUGCUGCAGCUCCAGAGCUGGAUUCCUGUGGCUCCAGCAGCACCACCCCGGCUGCUCCCGAGCGCUUCCCGCCCGUGCCCACCUCCCCUCGCAGGAUGCUGACACGGAGCCAGGACCCAGCAUCCGAGCAGCAGCACGAGAAGAGCCCGUCCCCAGCCCUGGCCCGGCCCCGGGGCUGGGACUCCCCCAGCUCCAUGGACAGGGGGGAGCUGGAUGUGAGCAGCCCUGCCCUGAGGAGCCGCCCCGUGACCCGGAGCAUGGGGCAGGGGGACACCAUGGAGGUGCCGUCCAGCCCCGUGCGCAGGGCCAAGCGCGCGCGGCUCUGCUCCUCCAGCAGCUCGGACGCUUCCUUGAGGAGCUUCUUUCACCCCGGCUCUCAGCACCGUGAUUGGUGUCCCUGGGUCAGCACUGGGGAGGGACAGGAAUCCCUGGAGGACGCUGCAUCCCAGACAGACAGGGAGCCUGGGAAGGCCGAGCCAGGCUGGGAGGUGGUGCUGAAGAGGCUCCUUGGCAUCCAGAAAUGUGACACAGUGCCCGAAACGGAGCCAGUGAGCCUCUCGGAGAAGUCCUGCAAGGUGUUCCGCAUUUUCCGCCAGUGGGAGAGCAUGAAUUCCUCCUGAGCCCUGGGGACACGCCCACAGGGGACACACCCACAGGGGACACACCCACAGGGGGACACACCCACAGGGGACACACCCACAGGGGACACACCCACAGGGGGACACACCCACAGGGGACACAGCCACAGCUCUGGGGGCUCCUGGGCAGCUCCGUGUCCCCCAGGCAGCUCCAGCCACGCUGGGAUCCCCUCCCUGCCUGCCCUGCUGGAGCCAUCACAAACCUCUGCUGUGUCUGUCCCUCCCUCGCUGUGAGGGCUGCCUGGAGCUGGGAUGUGCUGUGGGCCCGUGGGGUGACAAGGGGACAUUGUCACCUCCCCAGGAAGUGAUGCCAGGUGGGAAUAAACAUUUCAUUUUUGUUGUUUUUUUUCUUUU